UUCCUCUGCUUCAUUUCUAGCUUUUGUCUGACUCUGCUGACUCUCCUCACCUCCUUCAUCUACCACUUUCUGAGGUGGCAUCUCGCCUACGCCUACCACCUCUUCCUGGCCUUCCUCUACGACAGCAGGAAGAGGAAGAAAGGAGCUCCUCACCUGUACGACGCCUUCAUCUCCUACAACGUUCACGACGAGGCCUGGGUCUGCAGAGAGAUGCUUCCGGUGCUGGAGGACGAGCAGGGCUGGAGACUCUGUCUGCACCACCGCGACUUCCAAC